ACACACACACACACAGUUAGAAUGGCUGAACUCUCGGCUUGCUGCUACCUACCACGCUGGACCUCCUUCAUCCUGCUUCUAUCAGCCUGCUGGUUGGUUUCUCCCUUCAAAGUGACAGAGGGGAGUACGGCCUCAUUGUCCUGUCAGUACUCUGUCAAACGCUUCGGCCUGAGCCGGGUGUGUUGGGGCCGCGGCUGUGGAACCUUCUGGUGCAGUGACAUCCUGGUGCAGACGGACGAGCAUGGCGUCAUCUCCAAAGUUGCGGACCGGUACAGGUUAACCGGAGAUGUUUUGGACGGACAGAUGGACCUGGCCAUCCACAAUGUGAGGCGGACAGACAGCGGGCCGUACUGCUGCAGGGUGGACAUCGACGGGAUCUUCAAUGACAAGAAGGUGAUAAUGAACCUCCGGGUGGUCAAAGCACCAGUGACCACUCCUCCUCCAACGACUACUACGUCCGAGUCAGUCACAGAGCAGCUAGCAUCCACAAACCAAUGGAAAAACAUCCUCUCCUCCCACCUAGACCCUCUCAGAAGGAAUUCCACCAUCUUGCAUUCUGGAACAGUCAUUGUAGAGGACUCUCGCCCCACUCUAUCGCUUCAGAUCAACGUACCAGUUCUCUCUCUCUCCCUCAGUGUGUUGAUGCUGCUGGCCGGUGUUCUUCUCCUUUUGGCUUUCAAACGUGGACUCCAUCGACGAGCUUUAAAGACGGGUUGUUUCUCAUCCAAAGAGCCGGCACAUAUCAUCUAUGAGAUCCGAAUGAAAAGACCUGUUGAGGAGAACAUCUACACUCUGGACCAGAGUAUUUAAACCCGGUCCUUCUCAAAAACUCAGCUUUGCUCUAUAAUAUUCUUUAUUGAAAUAGGCUGAAAAUUGCCUCUUCUAGAACAGACGUUCCCCAAAAUUGCUCAUGUCGGCAACCCCAAAACUGAGCCACAUCAGGCCACAAAACCCAGUGAGAUCAGAUUUUGAACUUAGAUCCAUAUAUUUCAUGUUAUUUCAGCUGUUUGAUAUGAAUUAAUCCAUCCAGAUUUUAUGACACAGUAGAACAGCACAAAAUCUGGGGUCGGUUUAGAAAUUAUUUUGCAUACUGUUUAAGCUAAAGGUAAUGAAUUUACUAUAAGUACCCUUUUCACACUAACUUGUACUAUACUUAUAACACUUCCUCUCUAUGGGGCUAUUUUAUUUUUUUUGGUAAAUGUAGUGGAUUAACUCCUAAUAUUGAACAUAGUCUCUUUGGACUAACAUUUAUUUAAAGUUUGCAGGGAACCCCAAAAACCCCAAAGACGGCCCCGAUGGAGCCCCAGGCCUCACUUUGGAAUUAAUGCAGUAGAACACCAGAACAUAGAAACAUGUUGAUUUCAUCAAAGAACACCAUCUUGGGUUAAUUUACAUGAUUCUAAACGAGGUAUUUACAUCUAAACAUGGGGUCUUUCCAUCAAUUACCCAAACCGCUUAUCCUGCUCGGGAUCGCGGGGCUGCUGGAGCCUAUCCCAGCAGUCAUGAGGUGUUUUUUUUUAAAUUUAUUUAUUAAUGAAACUAGUUCUGCAUUAAACCACAACCACAAACCUCCUCAGAUGGGUCUUCUCGGGAUAGGGCAUAAUAAAUGUGGGUUCCUGGCCUCACGCCCAUCCAUUUAGGUGGUUAUUGACAUACAGGCCAAAAGAAAAAAAAAAAUCACAAACCUCUGUUCAACCCAUUUUCUGCUAUUGUCGAUUGUACGACCAACCAGCUAAAGCAGUAUUACCCAGUUGGUUAUGCUUAUCAUCAUUACAGGUAAAAAAAAAAAAAAUGACAUGUAAAAAUUACUUAUCCAUUUUCCUUGGAUACAUACAGUAGCUAUUGUUAAUAUGUUAAACAAUGUACACAGUAGAGCCAUUGACAUUACUAGGUGUAAAAGAAGUAAAACUGUCAAUUUUCUGCUUAUGUAUAAUCUCUAAAGCCAACCAAUGUUCAAAAGGCUUGACUGCUAGUGUAAAUAUUGAAGAAUUUGUGUUGUUUUUUUAUCUGUCAUAACUUGAUCUAAUGUGAUAUUUGAUUUUGAAAACAAAAAAAUCCUGACCUGUUCUGUUGAAUAAAAAAAUGAU